UACUUUUAAAUAUGAGUAAAGUUUACAAAUCAGAGGCAUUUAUAGUACCAGUUUCUAAUCGUGAAGUUAAAAAUGACAAUAAUGUGAUCGAUGAUGUGAAAAUUUCAAAAAUGAAAAAUGAAGAAAAUUUAAAAAUUGAAAGUAGUGAUAAAAAUAUAAAACAUGAAGUUGUGCAUAGUGCGGAAUCUACUUAUGAUUUACCGGUUAUUAAUAAUGAUAACGCAAAUAAAAAAUUAAAAUUUAAUGACACAGACGACAAAGAAAUGAAACCCAGCCAAGAAGUGAUUUAUGAUGUGCCACUUUCUCUUUUGAAAAACAAAAAAUUACAACCUGCUGAGUUUCAUAAUCAGUUAGCUCAAAAAGACGAUAAGAAAAAUUAUUUUAUUAAUAGUAAUAUGUAUAAUGCUAUUGAUGAGCCUAUUUAUGAGGUACCUUAUUCAUCUUCAAGUUAUGAAAAGCCAAGAUACUCAAAAUAUCGUGAACACUUUGAAACUGCUGAGUAUGUUACAUCAAAAUUAUUACCGAAACAAAAUGUCAUUAAUAAUAACAAUAAAUAUCUUUUACCUAAGCCACCGAUGAGAACAAGUAGUUUGAUGUCGAUUGAUGAGCGUGAUGAAACUCCUGAAGACUGUAUCGAUGAAUUAUGUUGUCAUGGAAAUAAAAAUGGUUGUACAACAACAACUAAACGUCCAGAAGCAGUUACUGAAGAAAUAUUUGAAAUAAAUUGGAUGAAAAGAUUGGAGCAAUUGCGGGCGAGAGAAGCUGUUAUAAAAGAUAAAGAAGUUAUGCUAUACGACAGAGAAAAGUUACUGUUUAAAAAAGAAAAGGAAUUAAGAAUUCUCGAAAGAUUACUUAAAGAUAAACUAAAUCAUGCAGAACUAUAUUUGAAGCGAAAAUCUCAAAUUAUUGAUACAAUCAAUUUAAAUGAUAUUGAAAAUAAAUUUACCGAGUUUUCUAAAGCCCCAUCAUACUCUUCAUCGAAAAGCGGUGUAAGUACACAAUUAAGUUCAACUGAAAGUUUGGAGUCUUAUCCGCAAUCAGAUAAAAUAUUGACUGAAGUUUCUGCGCAAACAGAUUUUAAAUCCUGCGGUUCAUCGACGACGGGACUAAAUUUUUCAGAUAAUAACCACAUGAAAAAUCCACCUAAUUCACGGAGCUCUCUUGUGACUGUCAAUAUCGAAUCAUUACAAUCACAGGCAUCAAGAUUGGAAAAUGCAUCAUCGAAUUUAGUGAGCAGAAAUACAUUACCAAUAAGUGCUUACAGUAGUUGUAGAAGCAAACCAAGACAAAAAAUGACUUACGAUGACUUGGAUUCAACUCUUUCAGCUGAUAUUGGUGAUUCAUCGCUAGUUAUAACUUCAAGAAAAUUUGAUCCAGAAAUAUUUAAGAAAACUUAUAUUCUUACUAGAUCAUCCAGUGAACGCCAUCAAAAAAUUAUAAAUCAUAAAAUUCCUGAGUGUAAUUAUGAAAAUGAAAAAACUCUAAAACGUAUAAGUGAUAAUAUUAUAAAUUCUUAUGAUAAAAACACUAAAUUUCAAAAUUAUGGUUUAAUUGAUCUUAGAGUUGCAGAUGGAAAAAAAAGUGAUAACAUUAGUGACAAUAAUAUAAACAAAAGAUAUUCUUAUUUAGAUCUUGAAGAUGGUAAAACAUCUAAAGGAAGUCUUAGAGUUAAAAUAGAUAAGAAAUUGCCGAAAGAUCGUCCAAUAUCCUGGAAUGAAGAAUCUAACGAGUGGUUACAAAAAAAAAGACAAGCUUAUAAUUUGCAAACUGCUAAAAAAAUGGCAACUGAAAGUUUUAGUAAUAAAGAAAAUUAUAGUAGUCACUUGAAAUUAAAUUCAAACCAAACACUCAAAAAAAAUUCUAAAGAAAAAAAAUUUAGCAUAUUUCGCUGAUUUUUGUCUUCAUUUCAAUCAUACCGAAAAUAGCAAAUAUCUAAGCGAUUUGUAUUUUAAAUAAAAAAAUUAUUCGUAGAGUAAAAAUUUUUAA